AUGAAGGCAUAUCAGGUAUCCAAGCUCGCUCACCCCUCUCAGAUCUCGACGUCCGACGGGGUGUCCGCGCCGAAAGUUGCGGAUGGCAACAUCCUUGUCGAUGUCUACGCGACCGGCCUUAACUUCUUCGAUAUCUUGCAGGCUCAGGGCAAAUAUCAGAUGAAGCCACCACUACCUUUCGUCCUCGGUGCAGAGUUCGCAGGUGUCGUGAGCUCAAACUCACCGAUUCCUAAGGGCUGCAAGUAUAAGGCAGGAGACCGGGUAUAUGGCUUCGCUCAAGGAGCGUACGCGGAGCAGGUGUCUGUCAACCCGAUGUUGCUCUGCAGAGUACCGGAUCAUCUGAGCUUUGAGCAGGCAUCCGUCGUGGCUAUAACAUACCCCACGAGUUACGCAGGUAUCGUUGACCGAGGCCAGGCCAAAGCGGGAGACUGGGUGCUCGUACACGCUGCUGCUGGAGGCGUCGGUAUCGCCGCUUGCCAAAUAGCCAAGGCGCUCGGCUGCAAAGUCAUCGGCACCGCCUCCACCGCCACCAAGCGCGACAUCUGCAUCUCCCGCGGCGGCGCCGACCACGCCAUCGACUACACCCAGCCCAACUGGCAAAAGGAAGUCAUGGCCCUCACGGGCGGUGCCGGCGUCGACAUCGUCUAUGAUCCCGUAGGGAUGAUCAUCCCGAGCUUAAAGUGCGUGGCGUGGAACGCGAGGCUGGUGGUUGUUGGGUUUGUGGCGGGGUCGAUUGAGAAGGUUCCUGCGAAUCUGGCGUUGUUGAAGCAGGUGUCGAUUACGGGGUUGGCGUUUGGGCAGACUUAUCUGAAGGAUCCACCAGCGGCGUUCAAGGUCCAGAACGCGGUCUUCAAGCUGUUGGACUCAAAGAAGGUCACGCCGGUCACGUUCGAGCCGGUCUAUGAAGGGCUGGGCGAGGUGUCGCAGGGUUUACAGGACCUGGAGGGCAGGAAGACAUGGGGCAAGGCGGUGAUAAGGGUGAGGGAUGGGCAGGGGAAAGUCGUCGAGGGAUCAACAAAGGCCAAGGCGAAGCUCUGA